UUCGACGAACUGACGUCAUCACCACUGCACGUCGAGCCGUACCCCGCUCGGCAGUCACGCACGCCGGACCCUCUCCCGGAUACGCCAUGCCGGAAGCGCGUCGAGCAGGUCUACGACCGCUUCCUCAUGUCGUCGUCUGGCGUGACGCGGUUGGGCAAGGGCUACCAGAGCGACGCGCGCCGACCCGUCAGCAACACGGUCAGCUCGCGCGGGAUCAAGAAGACCGACCACCGCGUCUUCGCGUCCGUGCGCCGGGUGGCCAUGCCGCCCCCGGUGUCGAGCGAGGACACAUCGCGAGUGGGAUCUGUGGACGAGCUGGGCAUGCACAUUGGGGCGGGCAUCGGGUCGACGGCGUUCAAGGACGAGACCAACAAGAUGGGCUUGUCCGUGCGUCGUGCACUGAAGAACCUCGUGCCGGGAAAGACCGUCUCGCGUCGGUUGUCCAAG